AUGAGUGCUAUGUCUUGUCACAUAAUGAAGUCGGACCGUCAGUCAAUGGCCAUUGCCCAGAACAGAGGGAUUUCACGCUGGCACAUCGUCGUAAAUAAAAACCUACUGAGAGGAAUCAGCAGAGAGAUGAUGGAAAACCAGGUGUCGAUGCAGCGGAGGCUUUUGAGGAACCCUCCUGGAGACAAAGGCCUGAUAAAGACCAGCACCUACAUCGUGCCCUGCUUCCUCUUUGUCGAGCUCGUCAUCAUGGCAGGCACCGUGCUGUUGGCGUACUACUUUGAAUACACCGACACCUUCCCGGUGCACGUUCAGGGGUUUUUCUGUUUUGACAAAUCCUACUCGAAGCCAUACCCCGGACCAGAAGACAACAGCAAAGCCCCCCCGGUCUUGGUCUACUCCCUGGUUACUGCGAUACCCACUGUGACGGUGUACAUCCUCGUGGUUUUGCUGUUUGUGUGGAUGUGGCGUAACCAUGGUGACGGACACUAUAUUUGUCCUCGGUUAGAGCAGCCGUCGCAGAUAGCGAGAUAG